AUGGCAUGUCUGAAUGAAUAUUUCCUGACGGAUGAGCCUCAUAAUUUGUUCCACAAUGCCGAUGACAUCGACUGCAUAACUGGAGUCAACAACGUGGACGGACACGUUAUCACUGGUUUAGAUGUUCCCUCGAUAAACUUCCCACUGGAUGACACCCCUAUACGAGAUGUGAAGAAGCUCCUGGCUUCAUAUACUAAGAGGAAGGGGGAGGCUGGUUUGGACAAUGCGUACUCCGCAUACACAUCAACCUGGGGCAAAAAUCCCAGCAGGCAGACUGUCAAGAAAACCAUUUUGGACAUUGGAACAGACUACAUCUUCCUGGUUCCUACAAAGGCUGCCCUCUACCUUCACGCUGCCAACACCACAACUGGCCGUACCUGCUCUUACCUCUUCUCCGAGUCAAACCGUUUGGCCGGCUUCCGCAGGCUCUACCCUACCUGGCUGGGAGCUGACCGUGCUGAUGACCUGCAGUAUGUUUUCGGAAAGCCUUUCACCCUAUUGCUGGGACACUGGCCUCGCCACCAUGACAUCUCUACCUACAUGGUGUCUUACUGGACCAACUUUGCCAGAACUGGAGACCUGACCUCAACCCCAUCCAGCACCUUUGGGAUGAACUGGAACACCGACUCUGAGCCAGACCUUAUCAACCCAACAUCAGCGCUGGACCCCACUAAAGCUCUUCUGGCUGAAUGGGAUCAAACCCCCCUGGGGCCAGGUUCCAACAUUCUGCAGGGAGCCUUCCCAGAAGAUCGGAUUGCAGUCGGGUCAGAGCCCCCAGACCGGCCCUGGGUGUGGCUCAAACAGGGCGGCGCACCUCGUCCCCAAGGGGCUCGUGUCCAGCGUACCACUCCCGGGUGA